AUGCUGCUGAAGGCCCCAUCCACUAUCGUGGUGUCGACAUGUACAAUGUGGACUCCGAUGCAUGGUAGAGAUGCAGCUUUCACCGCUCUGACGGCUCAGGACGAGCUGGGUUCCUGUAGAAGGCAGCGCACCGCCACCUCGGUCCAUGUGCUACCAAUAUGUAAGGGACGAACUGUAAGCAAAAAGCAUUGGGGCGGACAGCCCGUGGUCGCUGGUGCGAGAGGGGCAGCUGAAAUGAAGGGCGAACUGUGCCAUUGCUCAUCCGGGUCAAACUGGAGUGGGCAGUUGAUGAUGACAAGUAAAGCAAGUGAUGAGGGUUUCGCACCUCAGGCAAUAACCAGGUAUGAGGCCAGCCUCACUUUUCCGCUCCCUGGCUCCGCGGUCCCCGGCCCUGGUCCUGUCGGCGGCCGCGCUGUCAUGGUGCUCCAGCUCCAUGCUUGCCAUCUCCCUGGCCAUAUCGCCAGGACGGCCUGCAUAGCAGCACAGGGGACGGAGGCAUGUACUUUGCACAGUGGGUGCACCUAA